AUGGCUGAAGGCGACAUGGACUUGGGACAACUGUCCACUACUCAGCAGGAGGCUCUUGAUCAAUAUACACAAGUGACCAACCAAGAGAUCGGCGAAGCCAUUCCGCUUCUCCGACGCUCCGAAUGGAAUGUUCAGAUCGCAAUCGCCAAGUUCUUCGACGGCGAAGUUGCAGACCCAGUAGCUGCAGCACAACAAGAAAUACCCCGAGCGACAGCGCGGCACGAGAACCUACAAGAGAGCCUUUUUGAUGAGGCAAUUCGUGCCCCUCGAGCUUCACCACGACAGCGCACUGAUCUAGCUCCGAGAAUCGUGCCUCAGAACCCUGUCACAAACCGAACACCAUGGUUGCUGGGCCUGCUCCUCACACCCUUUAGCUUAGGCUGGAGAGCUGCCUCGACUCUAUUUCGGACUUUGAUCUAUGCGCUGUCCUUCUUGCCCGCCUCGAUUCGACCGCGGGCUGUUACGAGCAGAAUCUCGACAGGCUUCAGAGGCACCAAUGGUCGACGACCUCUCAUGCCUCGAGACACUGCCUCGAGAUUCAAGCGAGAGUUCGAAGAGGAGUAUGGAGAGAACGAGUUACCCUUCUUCGAGGGCGGGGUCGCUCAGGCGCAUGAUCAAGCCAAGAAGGACCUCAAGUUUAUGCUUGUGGUAUUGAUGUCGCCUGAGCACGACGAUACCGAGUCUUUCGUAAAGGAGACUUUACUGGCACCAGAAGUUGUAAGCUUCAUCAAAGAUCCUUCCAACAACAUAAUUCUGUGGGGCGGAAACGUCCUGGAUUCCGAGGCAUACCAGGUGGCUCAGGAGUAUAUCUGCACCAAAUUUCCCUUCUCGGCAUUGGUUUGCCUUACACCAAAGGAGGGCAGUACACGAAUGGGGAUCGUCAAGCGACUCGUUGGACCCAUGCCCCCCUCCACCUACCUAUCAGAGCUUCGAGCAGCAAUUGAAAAGUACGGUGCAGAUCUGGAUGGAGUACGCGCAGAGCGAACAGCCCAGGAAGUAACAAGAAAUCUACGAACUGAGCAAGACUCGGCCUACGAACGGUCACUAGCAAUUGACCGAGAACGCGCACGCCAGAAGAGAGAAGCAGCGGCCGCCGCCGCAGCAGCAGAGAAGCGCGCGCAGGAAGAAGCAGAGGCAGCAAAGAGACUCGAGGAGAAGCGCGAGCAAUGGAUUGCAUGGAGAGCAACAACUAUUGUGCCCGAGCCACCAACCAGCGAUAAGAGCGUGGUACGAGUCGCACUCAAGAUGCCCGAGGAAUCGGGUAUCGGCCGAAUUGUGCGGCGGUUCCCCCAAGAUGCCUCCCUGGAGGACCUGUAUGCCUUUGUGGAGUGCUACAGUGUUCUCAAAGAGGAGGGUGCAGCGGGUGGUGAUAAGCCGAGGGAGUACGAGCACGAGUACAAGUUCCGAAUCGCCUCAAUUCUCCCCAGAACGGUGUACGAACCUAGCACAACAGUGACGAUGGGGGAGAAGAUUGGACGGUCAGGAAAUUUGAUUGUGGAGGACAUAUCACCGGAUUCGGAAGAUGAGUCGGACGACGAGGGUGAUGACGAAGACUAG